AUGUGUGAGGGAGUGAGGGAGGGAGGGAGGGAGGUAAAUUAUUGGAGAAAGAGAUAUCGUGAAGAUAUAAUCGUGUGUAAGGAUAUGGAAGAGAUGGGAAAGAUGGUGUGCUCCUCCAUCCCAUCAUAUUUACAAGAUGUUCCAGCCCUAGAACCCCCUCCUGGUAUUACUUCCAAUUUGGCACAUCCGGAGGAUAAAGGUUAUGUUCUUAUUAUCGUUUGUUCUAUACUUUUAUUUCUUAUGAUAUUAUGUUUUUCAGCGCGGGUGUAUGUGCGGUUUACGAGUAGGACUUAUGUUUGGGGCGAUGUUACUUGUUUGUUUGCUAUUAUUUUCGCGAUAGCUUAUUAUAUUGCGUCGAUUAUAGGUGUUGUGAAAGGUCCUGUAGGCAAGCAUCAAUGGGAUGUCACUAUUGGGGAUGUAACAAGCGAUGAUUUCAUCAUAGCCGUUGCAUUCCUCAGCAAUGUUUUAUUUUCUCCCACUCUCCUUCUCACCAAACUCACAUUAUUCGCCCUUUAUCUGGAAUUAUUUCAUCCCUUCAAAUGGUUAAAAAUAUGUGUAUACAUCGGCAUCAUCACAACAAGCAUCUUUUAUCUCGCAACCGGAACUCUAAUGACAGUAUGGAGUUCUCCUAGUCAUGGACAAACGUGGCAAACUCAUCUUUUUACAAUGGAACAACAAUAUGCUCAAAUUUACGCGUCGCCUUUUGCGGCCGUGGGUUUGGCUAUCGAUUUAUAUCUUCUUGUUCUUCCGUUGAAGGCGGUAUAUGAUCUUUACUUGCCGCUUAAACGCAAGUUUGAAGUAGGAGUUGUCUUCUUAACUGGGAUUUUUGCAUGUAUCGCAUCUACCCUCAGCGUCUACUAUCGCUUCAUCAAUAAGCAAAGCAACACCAAAGAUACAACAUGGAGUCUACAAAACGUAAUUAUCUCCUCGUAA